UGCCUCCAAUUUUACUGGAGAGAAGAGAGCUCAGGUGAGAGAAGAAAUAAUGAGAAGAGAGAGAGACGAUUUAGUCCUGGCCAUCUUUCUUCUCCUUUAUUCCUUGGUUUUUCCAGCUGUCGUGUUACAUAAGGCAACACUGACAUUCUGUGUGUAGACAAAGUUGGAGGUAAUCUUUGCUAUUUUUAGUUUACAAAGACUAAUAAUGGAGGUCAGUGUUACUCUGUAUCUUGGUAGUAGUAAAGGCCAAUUAUAUGGGCACAGGUUGGGUUAGUCUCAGACAUUUUCAGCAUAUACUCCACUCUUAUGGGAGGAGAUAUUGUAGGAAAAUCUGGAUUGUUGUCUAAUGUGACACCUUUCCCUUGUCCCCACAGACAAUCCUACAGAAAUGGCUACUGGAAAUGGUUCUUUUGUGACUGGAUUCAUUCUGAUGGGAUUAACAGACCAACCAGGUCUCCAACUCCCUUUGUUCAUUCUGUUUCUAGCAAUGUAUAUGGUUACUGUGUUGGCAAACUUGGGCUUGAUAACUCUGAUUGGCCUGUUUUCUCACCUUCACACCCCCAUGUACUUUUUCCUCUUUAACUUGUCCUUCGUAGACCUCUGUUAUUCUUCUGUGUUUACUCCAAAAAUGCUAAUGAACUUCAUAUCAAAGAAGAAUAUUAUCUCCCACAAGGAGUGCAUGACCCAACUCUACUUUUUCCUUUUUUUUGUUAUAUCUGAAUGUUAUGUGUUGACAUCAAUGGCCUAUGAUCGCUAUGUAGCCAUCUGUAAUCCACUUUUGUAUAACAUUGCCAUGUCCCCUAAAGUGUGUUUCAACCUUAUUUUUGGUUCACACUUGAUGGCCUUUUCUUGUGCUAUGGCUCACACUGGAUGCAUGCUGAGACUGACCUUCUGCGAUGUCAACACCAUCAACGAUUACCUUUGUGACAUUGUCCCUCUGCUCCAGCUCUCCUGCACCAGCACCUAUGUCAAUGAGCUGGUGGUUUUUAUUGUGGUAGGCAUCAACAUUGUUUUUCCCAGCCUUACCAUCUUUAUCUCUUAUGGUUUCAUUCUCUCUAGCAUCCUUCGCAUCAAUUCUACUGAGGGAAGGUCCAAAGCCUUCAGUACCUGCAGUUCCCACAUAAUUGCUGUUUCUCUGUUCUUUGGAUCAGGUGCAUUCGUGUAUCUCAAACCAUCUUCUUCAGGAUCAAUGGGUGAGGGAAAAAUCUCUUCUGUGUUUUACACCAAUGUGGUUCCCAUGGUGAACCCCUUAAUCUACACCUUUAGAAACAAAGAUGUUAAACUUGCCCUGAGGAAAACCCUGAGUAGGAAAAGGUUUUGA